AUGAAAAAGGUUUUUAAUAGGCGAUUCGAUGAGCUAUAUAACACUGUACCAUUGGUGCGCAGUAGAAAGCUAUAUCCACACUGUUCUGCGAUGAUAUCAUCUACUUCAUGGGUUCCAAGGGGAUUCCCUUCUGAAUUCCCUGAGCAGUAUGAGCUAGAUGAUGAAGAGAUGGAGAGAAUCAAUAAAUUAGCACAAUUGAAUUUGGAUGAUGCCAAACAAGAUCUUUCAGAACUCAAUGAGGAAGUUCAGGUUGAUGCUGAGGCAGCUUUGGAAGCUUUACCUGAUAGCGAAGAAUUGAAGAACCAGUUAGACUUUGAUGAUGAUUUAAAGCACUACGACUUGGAACAUUAUGACGAUGAUGGCGAGGUAGAUGGUGAAGAUAUUUCUAUGUUCCCUGGAUUGUCCAGAGAAGCUAAGUAUCAUAAAGGGGAUGAAGGCAAUGAUCCUUAUAUUUCAUUGCCAAAAGAUUCAGAUCUCCUGAAAGAAAAGAUGGAAUUACAGAUUUAUCCCACAGAUAACAUGAUUCUUGCCACAAGGACGGAAGACGACAUAUCUUAUUUGGACGUUUAUGUGUACGAUGAUGGUGCUGGUUUCCACGAUGAUAGUAUUCCUGUUGAAGAGGGAGAUGAAAUGGAUCCAGAUGUUGCACGUGGUUUAAUUCGUGAUUCAUCUCUAUAUGUUCAUCACGAUUUGAUGUUGCCUGCAUUUCCUCUUUGUGUUGAAUGGAUCAACUAUAAGCCAAGUACAACCUCAGAAAAUAUUGGAAACUUUGCUGCAAUUGGUACUUUUGAUCCUGCUAUUGAGAUUUGGAACCUUGAUUGCGUUGACAAAGCCUUUCCUGACAUGAUUUUGGGCGAACCUGUUAAUGGAGGAACGAAGAUAUCGAAGAAAAAGAAAGGUAAGAAACAACAUAUAACGACUCACCAUACAGACGCUGUUCUCUCUUUAUCUCAUAAUAAGCAAUAUCGCGUUGUUUUGGCAUCCACAUCUGCUGAUCAGACAAUUAAACUGUGGGAUUUAAACCAAGGCACUGCUGUUCGCUCCAUUGCCUCCAUUCAUAAUGGAACUACAGUUUCUUCUUCUCAAUGGCAUCCCAGCGAUGGAUCAAUUAUAUUAACAGGUGCUUAUGAUUCUCGUGUUGCAUUGUCGGAUGUGAGAAUCUCCAACGAUAGCGAGAUGUCGAAAUACUGGUCGGUAAUGACCGGAGAAGAGGUCGAGUGCGUCUCCUUCGUAAACGAUAAUGAGUUCCUAGCUGGUACUGACAGUGGUAACAUAUAUUCAUUUGACUUAAGAAAUGGUGAGAAAAGUAGUCCACUUUGGACUUUGAAAGCCCAUGAUUCUGGAAUUUCUUCUAUGAACGUCAACUCCUUCAUUCCAAACAUGAUGGUAAGUAGUGCUAUGGGCGAGAAGGUCAUCAAACUAUGGAAGAUCCCAACGGAUCAAGAAAAUAGUACCCAAAAAGGUCCCAGCAUGGUCUUAUCUCGUGAUUUCGGUGUUGGAAACGUAUUAACCACCUCUUUUGCACCUGAUAUUGAAGUCACCGGUAAUAUAGUGGUUGGAGGCACCUCCCCUGGUCUAAAGUUAUGGGAUGUAUUUACUAAUAGGUCCGUUCGCAAAACUUUUGCUUCUGGGCUGAAAGAUGUUCAAACCACUGCCAAAGAAGAGGCAAGGCAGCUGGGAAGAUCCUCAAGAAUUUCCAGGAAAUACAUGAACAACAAUAACCCUGAUACUGUCAUAAAUGUUGACGACGUAGCCGAAGAGGAAGAAGAUCAUAAAGGUACUGACGAUGGAGAUUGGGAAGACGAAGAAUAA